UCAGCUCAACAUAUUCUUCAUCGAAACAAAAAAAAAAAAAAAGAAAACGAUCUCUGUCCGAAAAUUCGUGCGAGAAUCUGUUUUUUUUUCCUGGGAAUCUGCUAAGAGUUUGAUUGAAAAUGGUACGAGGAAAACUUGUAGUUCAACUUGUUGGAGCUAAAGGCCUUGAAAACACUGAUUUUCUCAAUGAUAUGGAUCCAUAUGUGAUCUUAACUUAUAGAUCUCAGGAGAAAAAGAGUACUGUUGCAUCAGGGAAGGGAUGUGAACCAGAAUGGAAUGAAACAUUUGUUUUCUCCAUUUCUGAGGAUGCUGAAGAACUCUUCUUGAAGAUAAUGGACAGUGAUUCUAUCGGCGAGGACGAUAUUGUUGGGGAAGCUAAGAUACCAAUUGAACCAGUUUUUUCAGAAGGGAGCAUCCCAAUAACAUGUUAUAAUGUUGUUAAAGAUGAGGAAUAUUGUGGAGAAAUUAAAGUUGGUCUCACCUUUACUCCUGAGGAAUAUUCUGAGAGGGAGUAUGAAGAAGAGAACCUUGGUGGAUGGAAAGAGUCUUCUUAUUGAUGUGAAGCAUUACUCGACUGAUCAAUUUGUUCUUGCUUAAAUUAUGAACUUAUCUUACCCGUUAUAACAUUUUCAAGUGUUAAAAGUGUGGAUUUCAUAUAGUAAAAAAGAAAAGAGCUAUUUUGAGUCUAUACGGGUUACUGUAAUAAAAAUGUUGGGAUUUUCUUUUCAUUUUUCAAGUUAAAUUAUUUUAUCAUAUGCUACAAUGUAAGGUUUGUUAUUAUGCAGAACAACAAUGUCAAGUUAUGAGAUAAUCAAGUCAAAUAUCUAGAAAUUAUUGUGAAGAAA